AUGGGCAUUUCACUUCCCAAUCUUGAAUGGCUUUAUUUGGGUUAUAAUAGACUUGACGGUCCGAUUCCAAGCUCCAUCAACGAUCUCUCUAAACUCAUCAUGUUGGACUUGGGUGUUAACUCAUUCAUCGGCUCCAUUCCGGACUUUGGUAACUUGAAGCACUCGCAAUCCAUAUAUCUCCAUCAAAAUCAUUUGACUGCAGAUAAAUCCCAAACUCAGGAGUUGACAUUUCUCUCUUCGUUAACUAAAUGUCGCAAUUUGAAGUACUUGGCAUUAGCAGACAUUUCAUUGAAUGGUAUCCUACCUGCUUCAAUUGGGGACUUUUCCUCGUCUCUUCAAAGUGGUAUCCCCAGCUCAAUUGGUGGUUGCCUGUCAUUGGAGCAUUUCUACUUAUCAAAUAAUUCAUUGGAGGGUUCUAUUCCCCAAUCCUUAGGAAGUGUUAGAAAUUUGAUAACAAUAUAUUUAUCUUACAAUAAUCUUUCUGGAUCUAUACCCAAGUCAUUAGAAGACCUUCAUUUCCUUGAGUAUUUCAAUGUUUCUAACAACAAAUUGGUGGGGGAGAUUCCAGAAGGGGGUUGUUUUGGUAACUUGAGUAAUAAGUCUUUUUCCAACGAUCAUGCCCUUUGUGGUCUAAUAAGAUUUGAAGUUCCACUUUGCAUAGAAAAUCAUCAUGGAUCAAGAAGAUUGAAAAAAUUUAUGGUGCCUUCAGGGGUUUUAGUUGUGACUAUGGUGGUGAUUGUCAUCCUUGUGUUUACAAAGAAAUGCAAACCGAAGAAAUCACCACUGCUUCCUACUGCUAUUUCACCGAUGACUGAAUAUAGAAGAGUUUCUUACGUAGAACUAGAGUGUGGAACAAGUGGUAUUAGCGAGAGCAACCUUCUUGGAAAAGGAAGUUUUGGUUCAGUAUUUGAAGCAACUCUUUCUGAUGGGUUGAAAGCUGCAGUAAAAGUUUUCAAUUUGCAAUUACAAGGGGGUUGA